AGUUAGUAAGUUAAAGCACAUAACAGAGUCUACUUUUCCUGCUUUUGUUUCCACAACCAUAAAUAGCUUCUUCUUGCAUCAACUUGGUGACUUCCUUACGUAAAUUCUAUCGGAAGCAACCUUCACCGUAACAAUAACAACACUCUCCCCAAAACACAACACCACGCUUCGCUUCCACGCACGCACCGUGCCAAACCCAACCAUGCAUCGUCUCCUUCUCCUCUUCAUCUUCUCCGUCCUCGCAACCCCCUCUUCCUCCGCCAUCGACACCUUCGUCUUCGGCGGUUGCUCCCAGCCCAAGUACACGCCGGGUUCGCCCUACGAGAGCACCGUCAACUCGCUCCUCACCUCGCUCAUCAACUCGGCCUCCUUCGCCAACUAUAACAACUUCACCCUUGCCGCCGCCUCCUCCGACACCGUCUACGGCCUCUUCCAGUGCCGCGGCGACCUCAACAACGACCAGUGUUCGCGCUGCGUGGCGCGUGCGGUCACUCAGCUCGGCACGCUCUGCUUCGCCUCAUGCGGCGGCGCGUUGCAGCUCGAGGGCUGUUUCGUGAAGUACGACAAUGCGACGUUUGUCGGGGUGGAGGACAAGACGGUGGUGACCAAGAAAUGUGGGCCGUCCGUUGGGUUGACCUCGGACGCGUUGACUCGGAGGGACGCUGUGCUGGCGUAUUUGCAGACGCCCGAUGGGACUUACAAGACCUUCAGGACAAGCUCGUAUGGGGAUUUUCAGGGUGUGGCACAGUGCACCGGUGACUUGAGUCCCACCGAGUGCCAGGAUUGUCUCUCCGCUGCCAUCCAACGGCUCAAGACCGACUGUGGGCCCUCCCCCUGGGCAGAGAUGUACCUCGCCAAAUGCUACGCGCGCUACUCCCAGGGUGGCUCUCACUCGCGCCCUAAUAAUAACGAUGACAGCAAUCACAAUGAUGAUGAGAUCGAGAAGACACUCGCCAUACUGAUUGGACUCAUUGCCGGUGUUGCUCUGAUCAUCGUUUUCCUUUCCUUCUUGUCCAAAGUGUGCGAAAAGCAGAAAGGUGGUAAAUAAACAACAUAAUAUGUGCACAGUUCUGGGAUUGAACUUUUGCCCUUGCUUUAUCUUUCGGUAGUUCUUUUGCUACUCUUAGUCCCUCGGUCUCGAAUUUCCUUUUUGUAAUCGAUCCAUCUUAUUCUUAUCUUCUAAGUUUCGUGCUUAGUUCCUUUUAUAAAGAAUACCAGUGAAGGUAUAGAUAGAAAGAUGUUACGGAAAAGUUGUUCCAUGAAACAAGUCACACAAUGGGUUGCAAUAAGGAGAAAAGGCUCAAAGAUUCCACUCUCUGUGACCAUUCGUUUUCUUGUCUAGUCUCCACCAACGUGUACAAAUACUGAACGCUUUAGUGAAAACUGCAGCAUGCAUGCUUUGUAAUAGGCUUUGAAGGGUAUAAUAAUCAGAGUUUUUUUUCUUA